UUUUUAUUAAAACCAGAAUAACAUCAAAUUAAAGUUUAUUAUUUACUAAAUUUAGGAAUUUGUAUCAGAAAGUGUAAUUAAAUAUAUUGUAUAUCAUUUUAUAGAAGCUUUGAUGUCAUAAGUAAUAAUGUCUGAACUUAAAAGAAGAAUAAAAAGUGUGCCUCUUAUUGAUAACAGCAACGAUAAAGUGAAAGAAAAUCAUAAAACACCAGUUCAAAAGUAUAAUCAGAUAUCACUGCGUUUGUUGUCUCGUGUUGUUGUUGUGAUCUCAUUUAUUGUAAUUAUUUAUUUCACUGCAAAUAAUGAGAAAAUUAAAAUAUUUGCCAAACAAAGUGACCAAAUAUCAGGAAAAUCUCAAUACUUAAAAUGUUCUCCACAGUACUUGAAUGAAAUUGAUAAAUUCAAAGGAUGUGUCCCUCAUAAAUGCAAAAGGUUUGUUGCUGAUACAGUUGUGUCAUUGAAGGAUGUUGAAGGCUUGUUGUCCAUUGCUAAAAAAGGAUUCCAGUAUGGCCGUUCAUUGGGUGGAGCAUCUAUUCUUGACUUACACAGUGGUGCUAUGUCUAAAGGGCAAGUUUUCAUUAAUAUAUAUGAGUCACCAUAUAUGAAACAAUUGUUUACUGAAGAAGAUUUUAAUUUAUAUAGGAGUGUCAAAGAGAAGGUAAAACACACCAUUGCAACUCAUUUUGGUAUAGAAGCUGACAAAUUACACUUAACUUCUCCAACAUUUAUUUCCGAAAUGACAUCGAAAGAACCUGUGACUUUGCAUGAUGAAUACUGGCAUCCCCACAUAGAUAAGGAAACGUAUACCUCAUUCCAUUAUACAAGCCUUGUCUAUCUGAGCAAUUACAAUAUUGACUUCACUGGAGGUCGAUUUAUGUUUAUAGAUGAAAGCUUCAAUACUACGAUAGAACCAAAAAAAGGAAGAUUGAGCAUAUUUACCAGUGGCCAUGAGAACUUGCAUUUUGUUGAAAAGGUUCAAUCAGGGACAAGAUACGCUAUGACAAUUGCAUUUACUUGCGACUCCAAAUAUGCGAUUCACGACCCUAGUGUUAAAAAAUAUAACAUUCCAUCUAAAACUGUUAAAUAAAGUUGUUGAAUAA